AGACCAAACUAGAAGAAGAUUCCAGCUUCAAGUUAUUAUUUUAGGUUAAGGAAUAUCAAAUAGUAUAUAUUAUUUGUUUUUAAUUUGCGAAAUGGAAGUCGAUAUAGAUAUAGAUGAUAUAAAUUUUGGUGAUAAAAUUAAGGAAUUUUUAGAACACAAGUUAAACGAAAUAAAGAAUAUUAAUCUUUCGAGAGAAGAGAAAAUUAAAGAAAGAAAACAGUAUUUAAAGGAAAUACUACAAGUAAAUGGAAAUUCUGAGAAAAUACCAUGUUUAAUUACAGUGAAUUGGAAAAAAUAUUUUAAUAAUAAAUUUGUGAUAUGUUAUAGUGUUUACGGAAACGAUAAAACAUCGUUGGGGAAAUUUGAAUUGUUUUUAAAUACAUCGCUAACAUCGAAUUACAAAUAUUUGUUUUACUCGAAACGCGGUGUUUCAUGUAAGAAUGAAAUAAAAUGCGAAAAGAUAACUGACGAUUUGGAAAAAAUAAAUUUCGUAUUCUCAUCAUCAUCGGAAACAUACCUCGUUGUUGUAAUCGAUGAUAUUAAUUUUUUGGAUAACCUCGUAUAUGAUAUUAUCGGAAAAUUGUUAAUUUCCAACGGAAAUAAAGAUGUUUUGAUCGAUUUACCGGAAGUGAAAAUAUCGCCUGAGGAUUAUACGUCCAAUGAAGUGAGUGAUGUGUCAUUAACAACCGGCAAAUUGGAUAAUAUUUUAGCAGUACUGUCUACAACAGAAAAAAUAGAAUUGAUGUUAUUUUUUCCGGAAAAUUGGAACGUCAAUUUAGACAGUACUUUCGAAAUCCAUUGUUCGUUGACGAAACUACAAUUACGUUGUAAUUGUAAAUCGUAUUUCGCGGCUAAUCGUUUAUCGCAAGCUUUCGUUAAUACAAUUUUAGAAUUACAUUCGAUUCGAACAGUCGAAGAAAUGUCCGCCGUCGUUCAUUUCAUUUCGAAUGAUGGUAUGUUGUCAUUUUUACAUCACGUUCAUAAACAGAUACCAGGUUUAACGAUAAUUCCGAUGAUAUUUUAUCGACAUUAUAAAAUAAGGGAUUGUAAUGUUGAACGUAGAUCGGAAAUUUUGCGACGUUUCCAAAAUAGCGUAAACCGGGAAAUAGAACUCCUAGAAUCACUUGGGGGUAAUUCAAAAAGUGCAGCUAAAUACAGAUCGAAACUUAUAAAUACGGAAAAAGAAACUGAUAUUUUAUAUUUAAAAUUGUGUCAAAUAAAUAAUUAUUAAA